AUGCGUAUAGCUGCAAAUUUGACAAUGAUGUUUCAUGAGAUAGAUUUGCUACAAAAAUAUGGGGAAGCAGCUGCACUUGGAUUUCAACUUGUUGAAGUAUCGUUACCGUACGGAUUGCCAGCGGAGGAACUGUUACAGCAAGCUGAACGUUAUCACCUUAAGCAUGUGCUUAUUAACGCACCUGCAGGUAAUUGGUCUAAAGGCUUUCGUGGUCUUGCAGCCCUUCCGGAGCAAAGAUCCAAGUAUGUUGAGUCUUUGGAUAUCGCAGUUCAGUACGCGAAAAAGCUGAAUGUGCAAAAGGUUCACAUAAUGGCUGGUAUAUCUGGGCAAACGGAUGAGAACUACAAAGUUUAUGUUAAGAAUAUUCGCCUGGCUUGUCAGCAAUUUAGAAAGGAAUCAAUAACUUGUCUCAUUGAACCGAUCUGCGAAGCUGCUAUUCCUGGAUAUUUUAUGAACUCUUAUUCGAAAGCGCUACAAGUGUUGAAAGAAGUCAACGAACCAAACCUGAAGAUUAUGUUGGAUCUGUUUCAUGCUCAACAAAUUUGUGGUCAACUUACCACUAUUAUUGAAACGUUAGCACCUUUUAUAGGACAUGUUCAGGUAGCUCAAGUACCAGGUCGUCAUGAACCAGAUACUGAUGGCGAAAUAAAUUAUGGUUACGUGUUUAACAUAUUGAAGAAAUUUGGAAAUUGGGACGUCGGUUGUGAAUAUCUGAAUAGUGGAUGCGAUGAUCAGUAUCUUCAAUGGGUACAUCGUUAUGGACUAACAUUCUGA